UCAUUGAGUACCGUCGGGGUGGGUGGAGGCCGUGCCCAGAUAGCAGCCUCGAAGGUCGUCCAUUGGCCUCCCUGAGCCCAUCGCGCGCCCCACGGAGCAUGGGGGUGCCAGGACCCCGGGAGAGUGCGGCGUGCGUGCUGCAGGGCCGAGGUCUCUCUCGGUCCCUAGAUCGGAAUUGGUUUCGGGCCGGAAGGGGUGCUGAGCCGGCCCCCUGGACGCCUGGAGAGCGCGUAGCCCGGCCCCUUGCGUCGGCCUGCCAUCCUGAGCUCCCCAGGUUGGAUUGCCAGCGUGUUGUUUUGUUGGGAGGUGUGCCCCCCUCCUCUCCCAGAGCCGAAGAGGGAGGCUUACCUUUGACCUUUCCAUGGAGCCGCGCAGGGUGCGGAACUGGGGUGGGGGGUAGGGACCAAAUUAAAAACCAACCCGCUCCUCUGCUUGCCACUUCUUAACUGCUCAAGGAAAAACUGCAGAGGAAAUCUCAUGGAUGAAGAUGAGAAAGACAGAGCAAAGAGAGCUUCUCGAAACAAGUCUGAGAAGAAGCGUCGGGACCAGUUCAAUGUUCUUAUCAAAGAGCUCAGCUCCAUGCUCCCUGGCAACACGCGGAAAAUGGACAAAACCACCGUGCUGGAAAAGGUCAUUGGAUUUCUGCAGAAACACAAUGAAGUCUCAGCACAAACGGAAAUUUGUGACAUUCAGCAGGAUUGGAAACCUUCGUUCCUCAGUAAUGAAGAAUUCACCCAGCUGAUGUUGGAGGCUUUAGAUGGCUUCAUCAUCGCAGUGACAACGGACGGCAGCAUCCUCUAUGUUUCUGACAGCAUCACGCCACUGCUUGGGCAUCUACCGUCGGAUGUCAUGGAUCAGAAUUUGUUGAAUUUCCUUCCAGAACAAGAACACUCAGAAGUCUAUAAAAUGCUUUCUUCCCAUAUGCUGGUGACGGACUCCCCCUCCCCAGAAUACUUAAAAUCUGACAAUGAUUUAGAGUUUUAUUGCCAUCUUCUCAGAGGCAGCUUGAACCCAAAGGAAUUUCCAACUUAUGAAUACAUAAAAUUUGUAGGAAAUUUUCGCUCUUACAACAAUGCACCCAGCCCCUCUUGUAAUGGCUUUGACAGCGCCCUCUCGAGACCUUGCCGAGUCCCCCUGGGCAAGGAAGUCUGCUUCAUCGCCACUGUUCGCCUGGCAACACCACAAUUCCUAAAGGAAAUGUGCAUCGUUGACGAGCCUUUAGAGGAAUUCACUUCAAGGCAUAGCUUGGAAUGGAAAUUUUUAUUUCUGGAUCACAGAGCCCCUCCCAUCAUAGGAUACCUGCCGUUUGAAGUUCUGGGAACCUCUGGCUAUGACUACUACCACGUCGAUGAUCUGGAACUCCUGGCCAGGUGCCACCAGCACUUGAUGCAAUUUGGCAAAGGGAAGUCGUGUUGCUACCGGUUUCUGACCAAAGGGCAGCAGUGGAUUUGGCUGCAGACUCACUACUACAUCACCUAUCACCAGUGGAACUCCAAGCCCGAGUUCAUCGUGUGCACGCACUCAGUGGUCAGUUAUGCGGAGGUCCGGGUGGAGAGGAGGCAGGAGCUGGCUCUGGAAGACCCGCCGCUGGAGGCCGUCCACCCUUCGGCACUAAAGGACAAGGGCUCCAGCCUGGAACCUCAGCAGCACUUUAAUGCACUCGAUGUGGGCACCGCGGGCCUUAACACCAGCCACUCACCAUCGGCAUCCUCAAGAAGUUCCCACAAAUCCUCGCGCACAGCCAUGUCGGAGCCCCCCUCCACCCCGAGCAAGCUGAGGUCGGACACCAGCACCACGGCUUUGCCACGAUCAGCCCCAGAGCUCCCCGGACCAGGGCUCAACCAGGCAGCCCCCAUGCCGGCUCCCCUGCCUGCCCCAUCCUCCUGUGACCUCACACAGCAGCUCCUGCCCCAGACGGUUUUGCAGAGCUCACCUGCCCCCAUGGCACAGUUUUCAGCACAGCUCAGCAUGUUCCAGACUAUCAAAGACCAGCUGGAGCAGCGGACGAGGAUCCUGCAAGCCAACAUCCGGUGGCAGCAGGAAGAGCUCCACAAGAUCCAGGAGCAGCUCUGCCUGGUCCAGGACUCCAACGUCCAGAUGUUUCUGCAGCAGCCAGCUGUAUCCCUGAGCUUCAACAGCGCCCAGCAGAGGUCGGGCCCAGGCCCCCAGCCCCAGCUUGUGGCCAGCCCUCAGCUUCCAGGCCAAAUGGCUCCUGCCCAGGCCACAGGCCAGCACCUGCUCAGAGAAUCGAGCGUGAUAGCAAUCGAGGGUCCAAAGCCAGUGAGAGGCUCACAGAUGAUGCAGGGGAACAGCUUGACACCCCAGUUCAGCAGCACGGCAGCUGUGCUCCCGCCAGCUCUCAGCCUGACCACACCUGCUUCCGCCUCCCAGGAUGCCAGCCAGUGCCAGCCCAGCCCAGACUUCAGCCAUGACCGGCAGCUCAGGUUGUUACUGAGCCAACCCAUCCAGCCCAUGAUGCCCGGGUCCUGUGAUGCCAGGCAGCCCUCGGAGCUUGGCAGGGCUGCACAGCAAGUCAAGUAUCCACAGAGCCAGGCUGUGUUUCAAAACCCAGAUGUGCACACCACCAGCAGCAGCGCCUCGACCCCCGUCCUGCUGAUGGGUCUCCACCCCAGCUUCGCCACCUCCCAGCCAUCACCCCUGAAGCCAGCCCAGACCCAGCAGCAGCCGCACUUUCUGCAGGUGCAGGCGCCAACCUCUCUGCACAGCGAGCGGCAGGACUCGCUCCUUCUCUCCACCUACUCGCCACAGCCAGGGACCCUGGGCUACCCGCCACCCCCCGCCGCGCGCCCAACCCGAAGGGUCAGCAGCCUGGCUGAGUCCUCAGGCCUCCAGCAGCCGCCCCGGUAGUGCCCCGGCAGUGCCCCGGCACCUCAGUCUGGUCACAUCAGCUUUAACCAAUGGACGGACAAGGGGGUGGGGGUGGGGGUGGCCACGGAGCUGGGGAGAGGAGUUUAAAGGACAGCCCCAGGCUUUCGUGCGCCCCGCUUACAUUUCAGAGCUCCCGGAUGGGGACCAUCCCCGGGCGCAGAGGCCAGCACGUAGAAAGGGAGCGGGGACGCCUGCUGUGUAUCCCUUGCCCCUGGGCUUCUCGGCCACACUCUACAGCCAUACCCGGACGGCCCCGCGCCCCCGCGGGAGCGCAUCACUCCGCUCACCUUAGCGAAGGCGCAUCUCUCCGCAUCUCGCCCCGCCGCGCCAGCCCCCCUGCGCCUCUGUCGCCGCGCUACUGGUCCUCACCCUGCAGAUCCUCUUUCCACUGCAUUCGAGAAGCACUGCGUCAGAGAUCUGUUGAAGGGAGAGAAUAAAGAGAUGCUUUUUCAUUAUUUUUA